GGAUACGCCGCCAGUCGCAUCCGGAUGGCCCCGACCAGCGCGUUCGCGUACGUCCUGCGGCGGACGCUGGGCGAGACUGCGCCCGGCGAGUUCAUUCAUACGUGGCAUGCGGAGGCGUCGCGGGACCUGCAGCUCAACCAAGCCAAGGUGCUCCACAAGCAGGGCAUGAACAUCUGGCACAUGGACCUCGAGGCCGCCGAAGACCGGUACCUCCUCGUUGGCACGGGCCUGGGCGCGCUGCAUCUGUACGACGUGGCGGCGCUGGACGUGCCGGGCGUCGUCGCCGCCGACAUCCAGCCGCUAUGCACCAUCAAGCCGCUACGUGGCAAGCUGCCGAUGCAGCAGCAGCAGGAUCGACCAGGCCAUGCGUCAGGCGUCACGAGCGUGAGCUGGUACCCGGUGGACAAUGGCAUGUUUGUCUCGACGUCGCUGGAUGCGUGCGUCAAAGUAUGGGACGCCAACGAGCUCGAGGUCGCUUCGUCGUUCUAUCUCAAGGACCCCGUGCACAUGGCCGCGUUCUCACCGUUGCCAGCGACGUCACACCUCCUCGCUGUGGGCACCGAUCGGCCCGAAGUGCGCCUUGUCGACAUUAGCAUUGGCGCGGCCACGCACCGCCUCGUGGGCCACCGCGCGUCGAUUCGGUCGCUCGCAUGGUCGACAACGAACGCAUUCCACUUGGCGACCGGCGCCACCGACGGCUCGGUUCGUAUCUGGGACAUUCGCCGGUCCGGUGCGACCGCGUGCCUCUUCUGCCUCAACCAAGACGGCGCAGCCGACGUGCCUCGACGUAUCGAGAUGGCGUCCACGAAGCGCAAGAUGAGCCACGACCCGCACAUUGCGGCUGCUGCGUCGUCGGCGCUAGCCCACACGAGCGAAGUGCAGUCCCUUGCGUAUACACCCGACGGUCGGUUCCUCGUGAGCUCUGGCGCCGACCGCGCAAUGCGGCUCUGGCACGCCGCGUCCGGUGCGCACAUGUUUCAUCAUUACACGGGCAUCAAGUGCUCGGGCGCCCGGCACGUGACGGUGGCGAUGGCCCAAGAAGCAAAAAGCGACUCGACCAUGCUAUACCAUCCGGUCGGCAGCCACGGCGUCAUUGCCUCGUACCUCUUGCACAACACCGAGUCGACCGAGCCACUCACCAAGUACACGGGGCACUACAGCCGCGUCACGAGCUGCCUGUACCGCGCGUCGACCCGGGAACUUUUGAGUGGCGGUGAAGAUGGUUUGAUUGGGAUCUGGCGUCCACCCGAACGUACUCUGUUUGCACCGUCCACCGAGGACGACGACGAGCAAGUGCCACCGCCGAAUGAAGACGCGUGGAGUGAUGACGAGGCUGCACCAAGUGAUCGCUUUGUGCCUCCGAUUCUAAGGCGUGAACAACCAUAGUCGAGUACAGUACAGCUAGAGUCGAGUACAUACAGCUAGAGUCGAGUCCAUUGAAAGCCUCGCGACUUGGCGAGCUUGAUACAUUUCCGAGUAUCAACCCAACAAGCCAGUGCCAGUGCAUCGACGAUGGACGAUUUGGAUUGGUUGAAACUCCUA